AUGCGGUCCGGCCACGUCCUUGCGUCUGCGUGCCUUCUGGGCGGCGCAAUUGCAGCGACACACCAAGAGAAUGCACCGGCUUACCGCGACGAGCUGCUCUCCUUCCUCAAGGACCUCGUCGACAUACACUCCAUCACGGGCAACGAGAAGCAGGUCGGCGAGUUCGUGAUCGACUACCUGACCGACCUCGGCUACACGGCCGUCAACCAGACCCUCCCGCCCACCGAACGCUUCGACAACCUCGAGCGCUUCAACGUCGUCGCCUGGCGUGGCGGCGACAAGCAUCGGCCCAAGAACCCCCGACUCGUCGUGUCGUCGCACAUCGACACGGUGCCGCCGUACAUCCCGUACUCGAUCGACGAUGGCGAGAUCACCUCCGACACGGAGAUCCGGGGCCGCGGAAGCGUCGAUGACAAGAGCAGCCUGGCCGCGCAGGUUGUCGCCGUGGAGGAGCUGGUGCGGAACAAGGAGAUCAACGCCGAGGACGUGAUGCUGGCCUUUGUCGUUGGCGAGGAGGUGACGGGCGACGGCAUGCGCGCCUUCUCCAACCUUGUUGCCGCCAUGGACCCUCCCCUCGGCCUCGAGGCCGGCAUCUUUGGCGAGCCGACCGUCAACAAGCUGGCCUGCGGGCACAAGGGCCACAUGGCGUGCACCAUCCGGGCCAGGGGCAAGGCCGCGCACUCGGGCUAUCCGUGGCUCGGCAAGAGCGCCAACGAGGUGCUGGUCAGGGCGAUGAUGGAGAUCAUGAGCACCGAGUUUGACGGCAGCGAGCGCUUCGGCAACACGACGGUCAACAUUGGCGUGCUCGAGGGCGGCGUGGCGGCCAACGUGGUGCCUCAGGACGCCGUGGCCAAGCUGGCGUUCCGCAUCGCCACGGGCCCGCAGGUCGGCGGGCAAAAGGCCAUUAUCGACAAGCUGGACGAGAUCCUCAAGAGGGUCGACCCGGAGGCCCUGAGCGCCGAGUGCGAGAACGGAUACGGUGCUGUGUACUGUGACUGUGAGGUCGAUGGAUUCGAGACCCUCAUCGUCAACUAUGGCACCGAUCUGCCAAACUUCGAUGGCGGUGAGGGCUUUAAGAAGUAUCUCUACGGCCCUGGCAACAUCUUUGUUGCCCACUCGGAUCACGAGGCACUCAAGGUUGGCAGCAUUGAGAAGGCCGUUGAAGACUACAAGAAACUUAUCAAGCAUGUGCUGGGAGACAGCAAGUCAAGCGUUGAGCUAUAG